AUCGGGGCAACAAGGCUGCGAUCUUGAUCCAGGGCAGGGCCGAGCAGCUCCGCUCGGAGAUUGGGCAGACCGUGCACGAGACCAACUGGAAUGCGCUGUUGAGUCGGGCGGCUGAGUUCGAGGAGAAGCCGGGGUUCCCACCUGAGAAUGAGAUCACGUGCCUCAUCGUGGGUUUGCACAUGCACUGCAGCGCCGCCUACGAGAGGAGAAUUUGCCACGACUUAUGCAGAUUGCCGUUCACGCUGUGUGCGAUGGCCAUGCAGCCCCCUGGAGUGAAAUGCAGGAAGCGGCGAAACCUCGCAGAGUUCAUCAUGGAUCAGCAUGGCAGGCCUCUGGAGGUGAAUGCUCGCAAGCCGAGGCUCACGCGCGCCGCGGCGCUUCAGUGGGCCGCCGACGACGGGGCUACCGCGCCUGCGCUCUGGGCCACAUUGGUGCUCGAGGAGGCGCGCGCUUAUGCGGCGGAUGCCCAGGCCAUCAUCGACCGCGAGAAGGAGAGGUGGACCACGCCGGGCCCUGACCCGCUUCCAGCGGAAGACGUGAUCAACGCGAUUGCGAGGAUUACCGACCCCCGCCGAGCGUCAACCCAGGCUUGGAAGUGGGCCACCGUGUGGUCUAUAAUCUUCGCUCGGCAUUGUAAGGACAGCGUCUCCGCGAGGUUAUGCUUCUCCUUCCAGAGCGGCGACUUGCGCGAUGGGGAUCUCGCCCAGUUCGUGUGCGACAGGAACUAUUCUGUCCGUUUCCUCGCAGAGUGGGAGGUGGUGCCGGAUAGCUCCGACGACGUCGAUGUUCCGCGGGGCAGUCUAUUGGCCGUUAUCAAGCACCCGCUGCUGCACUCCGACACGGCGAGCUUCCUGGAGAAAUUCCACGGCCACGGGGCCCAGGCAGGCGCGGGCGCCAACAGGUUCAUCAAGGUCUCCCGCCACGAUGUCGCGAGGUGCUUCCAGUCGAAGACGGACGGCAGGAUCUUCGCUGUUGUAAGGAAGAAGCCCACGUUGCCGUUCAAGCUCACGAAGGCGCUCCCCGCAGAGGUCGACAAGAUCUUCAAGCGCAAGUGCAGAGAGGGCGACGAUGACAA